GCUCUGCGUCUAUAAAACGCGGCUUCAGCAGAGCUCAGCCCAGGCUUUUGGGGGCGCAUUCCUCGGAGCUCUUUCGUCCUGUUUUCCCUGAUGGAGGGAAGCGGAGCACCUGCUGAGGACAUCCUCUUCCGGCGUCCCUGGCUUCCCGUGAGCAUCAGUGGGUGCCAGCUCCUGGCCAAGAGCUGGUUCGGUGAGACGGCGUACCAUAUCCUGCUCACCGACAUGCACUGUGUGUGGGAGGAGAGGAUGGACACAGCAGUCAUCCAGAGCAGAGCACAGGAGCUUAACAGGCGUUUGCGAGCCCCAGUCAAAGCCUUCUUCACUCACCUGUGUGAGGUGGUUAAGCCCUGCCUGGCGGGAGUCGGCAGCCAGACUGAAAACGAGGUUCAGAUCUCUCUGACGAGACAGGAAGACGGUAGCAUCAACAUGAGGCUGAAGAGCGAGCUGGCAGGACUCCCUUUCUACUGGGAGUUUCACUGCACCCCUGCCCCAGUAGCUUUGGUGUGCAUUCAGCUGGUGCGCCCCCUGCUGACGAUGAGUCGCCUGCUGCAGCGGCAGGUGGAGCAGCUGGGAGGUCUGCUGGUGAGGAAGGACGCUGAGAUCCAGGACUACAGAGAGAAUGGAGCCACGCUCAGCAGAGAACGGCUGCAGACAGAUGUUUUUGAGGAGCACACCCACAGAGAAGACUUCAUUGCAAAGGCUCUUCCUCUGCUCUGUUCUGAACAACAGGAAGCUCUGGGCUUCGAUGGCGAUCUUCAGGAGCUAUACGCCGCCAUCGUCACUCACGGAAGUGCACGAAAGCGCAAACUGUCGGAGCAGCACUCUGCUGAGGAGGUCGAACACGCCAACAAGGAGCCAGAACUCGUCUUAAACGCUUCAGCCGGCGGAUCUGUCAGCAGUGAAUCGGCUGAUGGGAAUGAAAAACAGACCAACAACGGGGAGCCGGAAACACGUGGAGCCAAGAUGGUCAACAGACCCAAAAUGCAGCAGUCUCUUCCUGUCACAUCCACCGCUGCAGAGCGACCGGCCUCCAAACCGAAGAAGAAGAAAGUGGGCCUGUUCAGAUGAUCUCGAGCAGUAGGACGCACACACAAUUACGAAUUUAGAAAAAGUGCCGUCCUUUAAAAACACUUCUUAUUGAAUUUUUACACUCUUGAGGACAUUUUUACAAACCUACUUUUAAAAAUGUUUAGAUUUUAGACUAAAAGUG